GGCUCCGCCCCCUCAUGCGCUCGGAAGGCCGUGGUGCUGCGCGCGGCCCUGAAUGAAGAGAAGCGGCUCCGGAGCGGAACUGGCUGCCGCGCGCGCUCAUGCCGCUGUGUGCGUUUCCGGUGUCGGUGUGCUGAAGGACAGAGGAAUGUGGAGUUUACAGGAUGCCCCACAGCGCCGGAAAGAGAUUUAAACCCACCAGAUAUAUCCCAGUGUGCACCGCGGCCACUCUGCUGGUGGCUUCAACCACGCUCUUCUUCGUGUUCACGUGUCCGUGGUUGGCGAAUGUUGUUUCUCCCCUGGUUCCUGUCUACAAUGGCGUGGUGUUCUUCUUUGUCCUGGCUAAUUUUAGCAUGGCCACCUUUAUGGACCCAGGCGUGUUCCCUCGAGCGAGUGAGGAUGAGGAUAAGGAUGACGAUUUUCGAGCUCCUCUCUAUAAGAACGUGGAGGUGAAGGGGAUUCAGGUGCGGAUGAAAUGGUGCUCCACCUGCCGCUUCUACAGACCACCACGCUGCUCCCACUGCAGUGUGUGUGACAACUGUGUGGAGGACUUUGACCAUCACUGUCCCUGGGUGAAUAACUGCAUCGGUCGGCGGAAUUACAGAUAUUUUUUCCUCUUCCUGCUCUCGCUGAGCUCACACAUGGUGGGCGUGUUCUCAUUCGGCCUGCUGUUUGUCCUCAAUCACCUGGAGAGACUCCAAGAGCUGCACACCACCAUCACUAUGAUAGUGAUGUGUGUCUCUGGUCUGUUCUUCAUCCCUGUGAUGGGACUCACCGGGUUUCACUUAGUGCUGGUAGCCAGAGGACGCACGACUAAUGAACAGGUAACACACGCGUGUGUGCGCGUGCACACACACACACACACACACACACACACACUGUCUCUGUUUCUCCCUCAGGUAACAGGGAAGUUUCGGGGAGGUGUGAACCCUUUUACUCGUGGUUGCUGUGGCAAUGUGAAACAUGUCCUGUGCAGUCCUCUAACUCCAAGGUAUAUGGUGGACCUCAAGAAGAAGCCGAACAUCCAGAUGACCCCCCCGUUCCUGCGCCCCGUCCUGUCCGAGUGUGACGUUGUUGUUAAAGUGAGUGAUAAUGGAGUUCACGCGAACAACCUGAGGGCGAAGUCAAAAACCAGUCUGGAUGGUUUGGGGGAGAAAAGUGCAGAUAUUCAGCCUCCUCUUCCUCCUAAAGCUGAGCGGCAGCAGCAGCAGCAGGUCCAGAAUCAGUUGACGUCCAGUGAAGAAAGUUCUCUGUCCAGUAAGCCCACCAGUCCGUCCACUCCGGCCAUGUACAAGUUCAGACCAUCGUUCGGGACGAUGCCCAAAGUGCACUACCACGCCACAGGAGAGAAGAUCUUGAUGUCCAAGAAUGCCAAAUCAUCAGCCAUCUUGGAAGAGCGAGCUCACGACUAUCGCUCUGAGCCGAACCUCGAUUUCCCGGAUUACGGUGGCACUGAAGCUCCUCCCCUCCAUCGCCACUUCACUUCGUCUCCGUUCCAGCUCGACUCGUACAGCCUGAAACACGCUGGUCGCAGGGAGGAGCCUGUGAAGCUUGGAGGCGUCAAACCCGAGUCUGUCACAUCUACCCCUCACAGGGGCGUGUUCUCCCCCGGGAUGAUGUCCAGCCGCAACGCCAGCCUGUCCUAUGACAGCUUAUUGACACCGAACAUAGCUGUGGCGCCCUCCAUGCCCUUCCGCUCGCCCUACCUGCCUGCUAAGACCUGCCACAUGCGACGUCCUGAACCGCAGCACCAGCACUUCCCCGCUUCCCCUUACAGCCCCACCCGGGUGGGGUACCUGUACAGCCGGGAGCGAGAGAGAGAGCAAGACGACGGCGAGAGAGCGCGAGACAGGGAUCCGUCUCCUGUCCGCUAUGACAACCUCUCCAAAACAAUCAUGGCGUCCAUCCAGGAGAGGAAAGAGUUGGAGGAAAGGCAGAGGCUCAUUCACCAUCACGGCCACACCCAUGCACACAACCACGCCCAUAUUUACACCAAUGAUUCGGGCGUAUUUGAUGGACAUUUUCGCGUCUCCAGAGGGUCUAGGGACGAGCUCACCAGGGUCGGGGUGAUGUCCUUUGGCCCUCGCGGACUCCACUCUUCAGCCUUAUCGCUAGUCCAAGCUCACGGAGCAUCCACUUCCUCUCUGCACAACGAGGUGGGAAACGCAGGGGGCGUCCAUUAUUGUUCGCCAUCCCGUCACUCCCCUCUCUCUCCUUCCUUCUCUCCUCGUUCUCCUUCCUUCUCUCAUCACAAGCUGUCCUUCAUCAGUGCCGUGGAGCGAGCCGAAUCGCCUCGCCUGGGCCGCAGGGAGGAACUGAAUCGAAUGAAAGUUAACGGACGGCCUAAAGGGCAGAUGCGAGACUGCCCCCUGGUGUCCUCUGGAACACAGCUCAGCCCCAGCAUCAAAAAGGUGACAGGAGUGGGCGGGACUACAUACGAGAUAUCAGUGUGACAGACACCUGGAAAAGCCAAUCCAUUCAUGAGGAAGUACUGCCAUGGUGACAGACACUACCACUAGUGACCGAGCCUGUCUUUCAGGACACAGUGUAGCCAAUCAAUCAGAGCCUUUCUCACAGGUGGGCGGGCCAAUCGGAGCAGGUCUUUCACUGUUCCGGUCCAAUCAGAGGAGGUCUGUCACAGCCUCCGGAUGCUUUUGGUUGGUGAUUGCAGCAUUGUGGGGCUGAGACUGUGUGUGUGUGUGUGUGUGUGUGUGUGUGUGUGUGAAAUCAGGAAUUUUUAUGUAUCUCUUUAUUCCAGAAGAAAAUUGGUUUAAAAAAUGACAAAGGAAAAAAAACCCUCUGAAAAGGGCUGCAGUGUCUGUUAACUUUAAUAUCCAAAAAAAGGUGCUUGUGUGUGAGUGAGUGAGUUGUAGGCCACCAUCGUUAUCUUUGUUACACCCUGCAUUAGUGCUAGCAUUAGCAUGCAACCUGCUUUUAUUCUGACUGAAUUCUCAGAAACUCCACUUUCACUCUUUACUUUUAAAUAAAUGAAAUUAAAGAAAUGUACUUUCAGUUAAAAGUACAUUAAUAGCUGCAUUGGUGCUAAAAACACUCAUAAACAUGUCCCACAUCUCAGAUCUCCCUGUUAGCGCUCUGGUUAGCUGACAGCAGCUGUAUUGGUGCUCCGUCUCCGUUCCUCACCUUCACCGUGAGGGAUUGUCAUGAAGGGUGCCAAUAAUUCUGGAGUUCAGCGUUUUCCCCCCAAACGAGGCAGAUGGAAUUAAAAUGAAGUUUCCUUGUGUCGUAGUGAGUGUGUGUGUGUGUGUGUGUGUAACUGACGGUAGCUUGUUGCAUGCGUUGUGUAGCUCGCCGUGUUCGCGUGCGACAGUAGAGUCAGAAUUCACUUCAUUAAAUCAGGCCAAAAAAGAAACAAAGCUCUUUAAUGUGUUAUAAUGAGAGAAAAUAAAUUCUGUCCUGUAACGUAAACCAGUAUAAAUCAAUGUGAGUAUCGGGGGCACAUACUUACGAUCAGUCUGCCUCUGCAGGGGGGUUACAGUGGUGCACAUUUUGUCCCCUAUCUAGGGCUCUGAUAUGGAGAUCUCUGGUUACAAUUAACGUCAAACUCAGUUUUCUUAUUGUUCAAACAUGACAGAAAUUGUAAAUUCAUAAAGUCAGAACUGAUGAUGCAGCAGGGCUUUAUUAAAAAUGCACUCUAAAUAAAAGGUAUUUAAUUUAAAGCUGAAUGUUUACACUGCAGAGUAAAAGUACCUUUAAACAGCUAAAGUAAAAAAACAAACGUACUUUACUAUUAAGUUUUCCUUUUACUCUAACUGAGCUCCACCCCACUCUGACCCCGCCCUGACCUCACCUUUCACCAUGACCCUGCCCAACCCAUUUUACCCUGAUCCCACCCAACAUUUCAUCCUAACUCCCCCUCGACCCCACCUUUCACCUUAACCCCACCCUGACCCAACUAUGACUUUUCAUCUUGACUCCGCCUCCUGGCCUUACACUCCCCUCCCCCGUUCAGUAAUGUUAUAUCACACUACAUCUCUAACAACAUAAACAUUUGAGCUUUAAAUCUCACUCUUUAAAAGCAGAACUCUUUAGUUUCAUGUACAGUGCUCUUUUUUUUAGUGAUCAUUUUAGUUUCACGCUUUAACAGCAGCUUAUUUUCCCCCAGUUUCAGUAAAUGUUCUUCUGCAUUGAUUUCUCAUCAGACUUGGCACAGCACCACGCAAACACGAUCACAUUUCCUGAUUAAAUGAAAUCCCUCGGUGUUACGUCUUGUACAGUGUAAUAAUUUUUUAUUUAAAGUUCUAUAUUUUGUCUAAAAUCCAGAGAUGUGACAUCAUACCUGCUGUUAUCCAAAAGAUAGAAUCUUUAUUCUCUUUUUUACUCUUUUUUUCUUUCCCCCCUCAGCCAGUAAAGUGCAUCCACGGCAUACUUGAUUUUAUUGAAACAGGUGUGUCAGUGUUUAUUAAGAUAUUUCACUCUGGAUGAGCUUUAUUUAACCAUCACACUUGAUACUGUAUAAAAGGUAUUUUAAAAAAUGACUACUUUCAUACAUUACUUUUGUACCAUAUACAUAUAUAAGUGAACAUGAGUGAGUAAAUGUGAGUGUUUAACUGAUAAAAUACAAACCUGAUGUUUUAUCGUUUAUCGUGAAAUGUCGUGUGGAAUUGUUUUGCCCUUGACAGGCUGUCUGGCACAGCAAAGCAUUCUGGGAGGAAAAAACAGAAUAAAAUAAUGGUGUGUGUGUGUAUAAUUAUAGAUAAAGAAGAAUAUGGGAAUCUUUUUCUGUUUAAAUAAAGAUGUCUGAAUAAAUAAAAAUAUAGUUUGAUAUUGAGGUACAGCUAUUUUUUUUGUUCAUCUAAAAAAAAAAAGUCUAAAUCAGUAAAUAAAUUUACUCUGAAAA